UCUUAAACAUAAACUGUUACUUUUGUGAAACAAAAGAAGCUAUUCAAUUUAUUGUGAUUUUGGAAAGUGGCUACGAUUCUUGUGAAAAACUGAGAAAAUUUGAAGAAAAUUACGUGUUUCGUUUCGUAAAUACAGUUUAGCAGCCAUAUUUGGCUAUUAAGCAAGAUGGACGACCAGCAAACUGCAGAAGAGAUCAGACAACCCGAACAAGUUCUUGUUAAAACUGAAACCUUUCGAGUGGAUAUUGAAGUGGAGGAAGACUAUGUAGAGCCUCACGUCAACCCGGCGAUGAAGGUGGAAGUGAAGAUCGAGGGGGAACCAGCUAGAGACGGGAACUUCGCACAAUUUAUUGGAGAUCCAGUUCACACGAACAGAAAUUUCGAGCAAAUGUUUGUUGGUGACACAGUUCCCAGAAACGGGAAUUUCGAGCAAAUAUUUUCUGCAGAUCCGAUUCCCACGAAUAGAAAUUUCGAGCAAAUGUUUGCCGCCGCUCAGCACGCGUUUUAUAGCAACGAUGCGUGCGGCGAGUCAGCAGCACCUGCAGAAAUGAAGGCUGUUACCGAUAAAGUUUACGAACAUGGACGAAUCAACAGGAUCAUUUGCCCGAAGUGUGGCAAGAGCUUCAAGAACAGGGCAAACUUGAAGCAACAUUUAAAAUACGUGCAUGCUACGGAAGAUUCCGCUGUUGAAUGCAACAUAUGUUACCGGACCUUUAAAUCUGCAGCGCAUCUGCGAACGCACAUAGCCUCAGUGCACUACGAGAAUAAGGAAAUCACUUGCGAAUAUUGCAAGAAGACGUUUUUUAACAAGAAGAAGUUGGCGAAUCAUAUCUUCUACACGCAUCCACAACCUGAGGAGACUUCUGAAUGCGAGAUUUGCAAGAAGAGUUACAAAAACAGAUACGCAUUGAAGCUUCAUGUUAGACAGGUGCACCCUACAGACGAUAGGUGUGCUGUGUGUCCUAUAUGCCAGAAGGCCUUCAAAAGCGAGACAUUGGUUCAAAGGCAUGUUAAAUGGAGACAUCCAGCUGACGGUAUGGUGUACAAGUGUACGGAAUGCGGGCGAACUCUCCCGUCGAUUCUAUGUUACAGGAAGCAUAUAAAAAAUGUACAUUCCAAUCAGAUUUUCUCGUGCAACCUUUGUGGUAAGACAUUCAAAAGUGAGAAAACUUUGGAGCGACACGAGAAGAAUAUUCACAGCGGCAUAAAACCCGAAGCGAAAGUCUACAAGACGGGAGACUUGAAAUGUCCAGAAUGUAAUAAAUACUUCACUACAGACACCGCGUUGGAUUGGCAUUACGAGAGAUCGCAUUCGUCAAAUCGACGGUUAUCCAACUGUGGCAUAUGCGGGAAGGAAUUAUCCGACUUUGCCAGCGUUAAGCGACAUAUUGAAAUGUGUCAUUCUUUAGAAACGGCUACUUGCCAUAUAUGUAAUAAGGAGUUCAAGUCUUAUCUGAACUUGCAACGGCAUAUAACGGUUACUCAUGCGCCUCCAGACAAGUUAGUCACCUGUGAAAUAUGCCAGAAAUCCUUCAAAUGCGCCAUGCAUUUGAGGAUUCAUGAGAACUCAGUUCACCCGAAAGACGGGUCGUGGUCGUGUGAUAUUUGCAACAAAGAAUUUUCGUCCAAGAAAUAUAUGGUCAAACACAGAAAGACUCACGUAGCGACUAAGGACUUUCCCUGCCCACUGUGUCAUAAGUUCUUCAAGUGCGCAGGUGACGUUACGAAGCACAGGAAACGGGUACAUUUGGGACACGAAGUGGAAGUUAUCAUUGGUGAUUGAGAACAUCGGAUAGGCAUUUGCAUGUUUGCAUAUGCAAAUGUUUGCACCCCGGCACUUCUGUGCCUUUCUAAGCACGGAAUCGUCUUGUACAUGGAAUAGGAGAAAUAGGGUGGAAACAAUGGCGGCCCGAGGAGCGAGGUGUGCCACCGGAC